AAGGAUGUGACAGAAUUGAUUGAAAAGAAAAAAUGCCACAGGAUUGUCGUGAUGGCUGGAGCAGGACUAAGCACUCCCAGUGGCAUCCCAGAUUUCAGAAUCCUAAGCCUUUCUUCACGUUGGCCAAGGAAUUGUACCCUGGCAAUUACAGGCCCAACUAUACCCACUACUUCCUCCGACUUCUGCUUGACAAAGGGCUUCUCCUGCGUGUGUACACACAGAACAUUGAUGGACUGGAGAGAGUUGCUGGGAUACCUGCAGAUAAACUAGUUGAAGCUCACGGUACAUUUGCUUCUGCAACUUGUACAGUCUGUCGAAGAUCAUACCCUGGUGAGGACUUUAGGGCAGAUGUGAUGGCUGACAAGAUCCCCCAAUGCCCUGUAUGCACUGGAAUCAUCAAGCCUGACAUUGUAUUCUUUGGAGAGGAGCUCCCCCACCGGUUCUUCUUGCAUGUGACAGAUUUCCCUACGGCAGACCUGCUCUUUGUCAUCGGAACCUCCCUUGAGGUGGAACCUUUUGCCAGCCUGGCAGGUGCAGUCCGCAGCUCUGUUCCGCGCUUACUGAUCAAUCGGGACUUGGUAGGGCCAUUUGCAUAUCAGCCACAGUACAACGAUGUUGCUGAACUGGGAGACGUCAUCAGUGGAGUGGAGAAGGUGGUGGCCCUUUUGGGCUGGAAGGAGGAGUUGCAGGAACUAAUCCGGAAAGAGACUGAAAAGCUGGAUACAAAAGACAAAUAGGAACUCUGACCUUUACUGCUGGAAACAAAUGUCUCCUAAAAAAGCAAAUCUCAGCCCAGUCAAAUAUUGCCGUUAUACAAG